AUGGCUUUAGUCGAUUCUCCUGUACCCGAGCUUCAGUUUUCAAAAAGAUGGCAUCUUCUUGGACCAUUUCGGAUAGGCACGCGAGAAGCUGUGUGGGGAGCUAAUCCGCUUGAAGCCUAUGGCGGCUUUCACAGGCUGCCUGUGGAUUCUGAAGCCAAGUUUCACAGCUCCCUAGGCAUUGAUGGGCUGGUGAAAUGGUCGACACUGGAAGAUGUCUUGAGCUGUGGUUCGUUCACAGAACGUCUAUCGAUCGAGCUUAACAUUGCGUUCCCGUCAGUGAACUGGACGUUCCAACAAUCUGUAUAUGGCUGGCCAGCAUUACAAUAUCAAGCAUAUGCGCGCGGUUUCAUUGAUUUGACAGGGCACUCUUCACAUAGAGUGGCUUUCUCUGCCGAGCAUGUUCUCGAGCUCGCCGUGAAUGACAGUCCCAUUUUUGGGGGUGACGUCUAUGGAUUUUGUCGUGCACCCAUGAUCUUGGAUCUGGUUCCGGGUAAGAACAAGAUUGAUCUACGCUUGAUUCGUGAUGUUCGAGCCAUGGGUGGCAUUGGGAGUCCUUCGAUUUUUGUCCGGUUGAGUUUCGGGCGGUGCGAUAGGGGCUUGAAUGUUGUUGAUAAGUCUACUAUUCUGCCGGACGUGAUCAAUGGGAAAUUGACAAGCCCAUAUGCGUCUGUUAUCUUAUGCAAUGCGGCUGAAGACUGGGUUAGUAUUGUUGCUGUACGAAGUUAUAAUGACUCUUCAAAUAUCAGAUUACUAAGUCCGUCAUCUGUAUCAUUUGCGCCUGGUCAAUCACGACCUGUGGGGCUCUACUUCAGUGCUUGCUCUGUCGACGUGGUCCAAGGUAUCAGGAUAGCCUUUGUUUAUAAGAUGACGAGCCACCAGUUCGAGCAGGCCACGCCUUUCCUCCAGCUUAAUUUCUGUCAGAGACUGAUUCAAAGCCCCCAUAAGUUUACGUUCUUACAUCCAAGUGGCACAGUAUCCUAUGCCAUCCUACGGCCUCCAUCAAGCAAUGUGAUAAAGCCAAGGCUUCCCAUCCUUAUGAACCUUCAUGGUGCCGGUCUAGAAUCGGACAGCCACCAAGUACGUCAUAUGCUGGAUGCUGUGCCUGAGCUAGAUGCUUGGGUCUUAUUUCCAACUGGCAUGAGCCCAUGGAGUGGUGAUGACUGGCAUGUGUGGGGUUACGCAGAUGUCACAGCAGCCGUUUCAGCGAUACCUCAAUGGAUCCGUAACAUGAACUGGUCAGGACCAGGCGUUGACACCGAAAGCUGGUUCGUGACUGGCCAUUCAAAUGGUGGACAAGGUGCGUGGUUUAUAUCCACACACCAGCCAGACAAAGUUAUUGCUACUGCAGCUCUUUCUGGCUACUCUUCCAUCCAGAACUAUGUUCCAUACCUGAUGUGGAGAGAAGUCAGCCCACUGGUGGAGUCAAUUGUUCAAAACUCUUUGAGCAGCUACCGCCAUGAGCUUUUAGUGGAAAACAUGAAGGGCAUCCCUAUCUAUCAACAGCAUGGUGCCGAAGAUGACAACGUUCCUCCAUAUCACUCACGACUUAUUCACAGUCUUCUCCAUGAGAGCGGCUGUCCGUCAACGUAUAUGGAACUGUCCGAACAGGGCCACUGGUUUGAUGGGGUUAUGACAACUGGUCCACUUCGGGCCUUUUACAUGUCUAUUCUGGAUUCUGACACUUCAAGAAGACAAAUCCCAAAGGACUUUAGAUUUUGUGUGCCCAACUCUGGCGAUACUGGUUACCGAAUGGGCAUUUUGGCUGACCAGCUGGAAUCACCAGACUAUCUCGGCACGCUCAGUGUUCAUCGAGAUGAUGAAGAGCGUCUUUGGCAUAUCAAAACAUCAAACAUGCAUCGCAUGCACCUUUGCUUUCCUGUCACUGGAGUCCAACAGCCUAAAGCACUCCUGGUUGAUGAAACCUCAAUCCAGAUUCCCACAACCAACGCCACAGAAGAAGUAGCCCUUGUCAGACAAAAUGACAAAUGGAAGAUGGUGAACGGCCAGAACUGGAAAUGUCUAUUUACUCGUUAUGGAAGGCAACGAGGGAGUCUGGAUGCAAUUUUGAGAACCUCGUCACCUUUUAAAAUGCAGGUGUGCUCAGACGGAGCUCAGGAAGCUGCAUUACAAGUGAGCCGGAACCUGAUCCAAUACUAUCGUGCUGAUGCCGAGAUUGUUACCCCUGAGCAAUAUUCUGAAGGCCCCAAUUGCGGGAAUGUCAUCACUCUUGUCUUGGGCAACGCUGUUCUUUUCCCCCUCUUAGCUGACUUUCCCAUCCAAGUACAUGCCAACGGCAUCGAGAUAAGGAGACCAGGCGUUGACAAGCUGAAGCGGAUACCUUCACAUGCAGGCCUUGGGACUGCUUUUCUUCGGCCACUUCACAAUGAGAAUCUUGAACUGGUUCUUUGGGGCUAUGACAGUGUUGGUCUGCAGCAGGCAGUCCGCAUGGUGCCUAUAUUGACAGGAGCAGGACAGCCAGAUUUCAUAGUUCUGGACAAUGAUGCCAGGUGGAAGGGUGUUGGAGGAGUGUUAGCAAUGGGCUUCUUUGACUAUGCAUGGCAGAUUUCUCAAGCAUCCUACAUACCUUAA